AUCGAGGCUAGCUGAGCUCAUUAUACUUUGUCGAUCCGUCUAACCUAACGUUAGUUGUUACUUUGCUCCCAACGACGACCAUCUCCUCCGUCUUUUAACUACUUUCUUCUGAUCCUGCGCGGCAGACAGUCUUCUUCUAGGGUCUAUUUGUGGCUUUGUGUCAGCUAAUGUCAACCUGAGCCAUUUCAGCGAUCGCUUUGCCUUUGCUGGCCAAGCUAAACGCGUUAGCUAGGUUAGCUACUCGGCUAACCAGCACUGGCUGCCUCUCUACGACCAGCAAAGCCAGUUAGCUUAGCCUGCUAGCUAGCUUUGCUAAACCUCCCUUUAAAACUUGACACUGACUGACACAAGUGGUUCUGGCUUGUUGCUGACAAGCCAAUUUACUAAAACUCGUGUCGUAGCCAUGUCUGGACAGUCGUCGGGCUGUGGGUUUCUAAUGUCGGUUGUUGUCCACGGAGAUUCGGCUCUGAACGAGCAGGAAAAGGAGCUCAACCAGCGACUCCGACGGCUCUAUCCAGCCGUUAAUGAAAAUGAGACUCCGCUUCCUCGGUCCUGGAGCCCGAAGGACAAGUUUAGCUACAUCGGGCUCUCUCAGAACAACCUCCGUGUACACUAUAAAGGUCAUGGCAAAACCCCUAAAGAUGCAGCGUCUGUACGGGCCACCCACCCCAUCCCAGCAGCCUGCGGCGUCUAUUACUUCGAGGUGAAGAUCAUCAGCAAAGGCCGAGAUGGGUACAUGGGCAUCGGCCUCUCAGCUCAGGGUGUAAACAUGAACAGACUUCCUGGUUGGGACAAGCACUCAUACGGUUACCACGGAGAUGACGGCCACUCCUUCUGCUCGUCUGGCACCGGGCAACCCUACGGACCCACGUUUACAACAGGCGAUGUGAUUGGCUGCUGCGUUAACCUCAUCAACAACACCUGCUUCUACACAAAGAAUGGCCACAGCCUAGGUAUUGCCUUUACAGACCUACCACCUAACUUGUACCCGACGGUGGGCCUUCAGACUCCAGGGGAGGUGGUGGACGCCAACUUUGGCCAGCACCCCUUUGUGUUCGACAUUGAGGACUACAUGCGUGAGUGGAGGACAAAGAUCCAGGCCCAGAUCGACCGCUUCCCCAUCGGAGAGCGCGAGGGCGAGUGGCAGUCCAUGAUCCAGAAGAUGGUGGCUUCCUACCUGGUGCACCACAGCUAUUGUGCCACGGCUGAAGCCUUUGCCAAAUCCACAGACCAGGCCGUGCACGAGGAGCUGGCCUCCAUCAAAAACCGACAGAAGAUCCAGAAGCUGGUGUUGUCAGGUAGAAUGGGCGAGGCCAUCGAGACCACCCAGCAGCUCUACCCCAACCUCCUGGAGAGGAACCCAGACCUUCUCUUCAUGCUCAAGGUGAGACAGUUCAUAGAGAUGGUGAAUGGGACGGACAGUGAGGUGAGGUGUCUGGGAGGUCGCAGCCCAAAGUCUCAGGACAGUUACCCCGGCUCCCCCCGGCCCUUCAGCAGCCCCAGCCACAAAGCCAGCAGCUCCCAGCCCUACCUCCCAGGGUUCGACAGCAACUGCUGUAAUGGCGUGACGUCUAAUAAGAGCCACAGCUCCUCCCCUCACAGUCACAAGCCCUGCCCCCCAGGCUCUGGCUCCACCCUCCCAGCGUCUGACAUUAGCCUCAACGGAGGCAGCCAACAGCCCAUAACCAGUAGCGAUGUGGAUAUGGAGGUUGACCACUUCACCAACGGAGUGACAGAAUCAUCCUCCAAUGGUUUCCUCAACGGCAGCUCCAAACACACCACCGAGCCUGACGACUGUGACGCAGACAUGGAGGUGGAGUCAGCUCAGUCCAAGAGGCAGCUGUGCGGCGGGAGCCAGGCGGCCAUCGAGAGGAUGAUCCAUUUCGGCAGGGAGCUCCAGAGCAUGAGCGAACACCUCCGCCGCGAGUGUGGCAAGAACUCGGCCAACAAGAAGAUGCUGAAGGAUGCGUUCAGCCUGCUGGCCUACUCGGACCCCUGGAACAGCCCAGUCGGCUACCAGCUGGACGCCAUUCAGAGAGAGCCGGUCUGCUCCACUCUCAACAGUGCAAUAUUAGAGACUCACAACCUGCCCAAGCAGCCCCCCCUGGCCCAGGCCGUGGGUCAGGCCGCCCAGUGCCUCGCCAUCAUGGCACGAACUGGCAGCGGCUCCUGCGCCUUCGCCUCUGUGGACGAUUACCUGCACUAGCCCUGUGUACACGCACACACACACACACACACAUACACUCUGAGGACCUGUCCAGAAAUGGCUCCCUCCACCUCCUCCAUCAGUGUAGUCACAUUAGCUGAGGAGAUGCUCCUCUGCGCGAUAACAAGUAGUAGAAAGUUAACCACCUUACUCGCUUCUUGUUCUGCUUUUACUGAUCGGCAGGAACACCACCGAGGACCAGGAGUCAUUUCUGGGCAGAUCUUUAGAUUUCCAACACACAACACAUACGUUUAAAACGCAGACAAACAAACACACCCACCACCUCCUCUUCGUCGUAAAUAUGAAAUUCCGCCUCCACCUUGGUUGGCCUCGCAAGCCCCCUCCUCCAGCCCUCUGAGGCUGCAUCAUACUGACUGACCGCGGGGACGCCAGCCAAGAGUAGCCAACUUGAAAAUACUCGGCGAGCCGAACUCGUGUGGACUCGCCGCAGAUACCCAGCCCCCGUAUACCUGGGGGCGUCAAACCAGGGCGGACAGACUGACGAAAACCCCUGGUCAAACAUAAAUGGAAAAAUAAGACAAAAACAACAAAAAAAGAAAACCGACUAGUGACCGCCAUGGCCGACCGCCCUUUAAAGUGGUCCCUGUAAACCUGGCUUACCAGGCAAACGCACACACACAUAACACAGGCGAACAUGCUAACCCGGAGGCAGGCUGAUGCUGAAAGCAGGAUUGAAAAGCCCAUCUCCACAGAGGCUUGCUGAGUGCUUGAACUCCGGCCAACGCGAGGCUCCCUUAGGGACAGCCUACCCCCCUUCACCCCCUGCACCGACUCCCUCCCCCUUCCUCCACUCACUUCAGGACAUCGGCGGAGAUUUGUGUGACGCAUGUGGACUCGGGACUUCGAAGAAGCCAGAGAGAAUUUACAGUCUCGACUCAACGUUCCCUGUUUUUAAUCUUUUUGUUUUUGUUUUUCAUGGGUGAAGUAGGGGGACUGGGGAGGGGGGGUUACCUGGCUCUUGUUUUGUUUUUAGUUCUUCCAGGUUUACAAGGCAUGGUGCGGACGACGGUGAUUAUUAUUAUUAUCCUAAUUAUCAUUAUAUUAAUUAUUGUUACUUGCAUUCACAGUAUAUUUGUUGAGCGCCAGCAAGAGCAAGUUCCACCAACUUAUUAUAAUAAAGGUCCCGAUUCCACCGAUUACCAGUGACGAGCGUGUGUACAUGUUAACGUUUAUAUAUGAAUUUAACAAAAUGGAAUUAUAUCAAUAGAGUGAGAUAUUUAGUUAUCAAAUGAAAGGAAAUAAUUGAAAAAAAAAUCCUUUAAUGCUUUGUACUGACACCAGUGACUCCUGAAGUGUGCUGGUUGUUCCUAGUCUGUACAAGUUUUUACGUUUCCUGUUUUGUUGACUCCAGGGUUCCUACGCAGGUGGAAAGCCGAUAUAUUUGAUUAUUUCCGCGCCUGUAAAAUUUUUGAACACAACUCAAGUCCUGAAACACAGUUUUCUAACUUUAAUUUCACAUAUUGUGGUACUUGCCGUGAAGUAAUCUUUACUAGAGCGAAGCUAAAUUUGGCAAUAGAUCGGAAAGAAUCUUCAAACACUUCUGGACAAAGUGGGAUUACUGAAAUGGAAACCAUGUGUAGGAAUCCUGCGAUGAUCUCUGAUUUACUUGUUAUCCCCCCCAAACCCCCAGCUGCACAGCAGGUUUGAUGCAAACAUUGUUAAUCUUUAUUUUCGUAUCAAUGUCUAUGCUUAUCCUUAACCAACAAAGAACUCAGGAGCCAAAAUGUCCCUUUGUUCCUCCUCCUCGGUUUAGAUUAGAAAGGUCCAACCAAGCAGCCGACUGACCCCGGGCCUCGAUUACAGGUGGACUCGUGUUUUUAUUUUUAAAUUUUUAGUGACACAGUGACGGGCUUUUCAGACUUGAACUCAGACCAGAAAAACAAGCAACAGUGAAAUCGUGCUGCUAUGAAGUCGAGCUCUAUAAACAAGCUCUGCGUUUUGAUUUAAAGUCGAACUGAAAUUUGAAUUCUUCUCACUUUUUGUGUAAGGACAGAUCAUAAUACUGCAGCUAUUGUUCACAUAUUUAUUUUUUUACAAAAGAGGAUAAAAACUUUUUUUUUUUUUUUUUUUUUUUUUUUUUUUUUUGGACGUAUUUGUGAAAACAGUGUCUAAGCUUCAAAUCUGAGUGGACAUGUCCCAUCUUUUGACUGACAACUGAGAGCACCUCUGUGGUGCACCGCUGAUUGGAGAUACCAGAGCCCUGUAGUUAAGCCUCUGAACGUUUUUCCUUUUUCAACAAGUCUGAUUAGUGCUGGUCAUCAGCAGUUAGCAGUUUAAGCUGUGGGGGGUUGAGUCAUCUGCAGCCCCUGCACACUCAGUGCUAUGUCCGUCCUGCAUUAUGCAAAGGAGGACGUCUUGCUAACGUUGUCUGUCUUUCAUGGUCCCAGAAUGGUCAAAUGUUUAAUGACCACAGCAUGAUAACAGUCUCGCAGUAACGUACAGAGGCAACAUGUGCUCAAAUCACAGAUGGGACUAUGCCAGUGGUUUCCAAACUUUUCAACUCCAACACCCCCUUUUUUUUUUUUUUUUAUAUAGUGAAUUUAUUAUUUAUUUGUUUCCUGAGACAAGUAGCUUUCACUGAUUGUAGUGUUUUUUGUUCAGCUCAGGUUCAGAUGUAUCAGCAUGUCUUUGAGCUCUGUUUACAGGGACACAGCUUUCAUUUACUUCCUCUGUUGCUGUUUCUGACUGCUGCUCUGCUGGGAAGCGCGCUGCGUCUGACAACCGUGAGCUUUUGUCACCAGCAUAACUGCAUGUGCGCAGUUGUACAAUUUUAAAAAUAAAUAAAUAAAUGGAAAUAAAUCCGGCGGCUCUCCUGGCCUGUCGACACCUCAGGGUGUCACUUUUGGAACACAGUCGGCCCCCCCAGCUGUGUUAUCUAGGAAUUGAAUCACAAUAUGAUGCAUUUUUACUGCCCGCCUGCACAGAUAUUGUAUGAUUUGAAAUUACCAAUACCAACAUCAAUAGUCUGUACCAAACAUUCAUAACCCCCCCCCCCCCCGGGAACUAAUGUAGGGGGCGCUAUCAUUUCAGAAAAACAAGUAAAACUUUAAAUCUCUUCUUUUUGGUAAUUACAGUUCUGACCAAAUAAGUACACAAUUCAAUGAGCUGUAUACUUAUUUGCAAAAUAAAGAAUAAACGUUUUAGUUCGCUUUGACGUUGGGUAGCAGAAGUGAAAUUAGUUGCUUGUUUUGUUUUGUUGACCCGAUAGUUGACCUCGCCCCCGGGCCGAGGCUGGUUUACCUUCAGUCCGCCUCGACUUGGCGUUGCUCCCCGGUAGCAUUUUGCUGUCUAGUUAUUAUUAUUAUUUCAUGUAUGAAAAGCCCUCAAGUCUGCUUGUCUCUUGCCCGUCUCCACCCCGAGCUCCUCCACCCACAAGGUUUCUGUUCUGUUACCGGGUCCUUCUCUGGCCUCUUACAUUUCUUAGUGCUCAAAGCAUCGACAGAGAAAAUUAAACAAGAAAAAAACAUUUAAAAAAAAUACAUAUAUUUAAAAAAAAAUCAUUCAGUAUUGUCAACUGCACUGUGGCUACCACAUUUACAAAAUAAAGAACCAAAUACUUGAGGAAGAUGACAUCGCAGCUGUGUGUCUGAACAGGACUGCAGAGGCUUUUUCCUCUAGUUUCCCCCAGAGCUGGCUUUUCUUCUCACGGUGGAACCGGGCUUUUCUGUACCUUGGUUUGUUUCUUUUAUCAUUUUUUAUUUUUUUAUUUUAUUUUAUUUUUUCGGAUUGCAAGCAGUCACGGCAUCGUUUAGAAAACUUCUUAGACAAAAGUGUCUGUUGUCUCUUUGAGUAAGGUCUGAAACCUAUGCAUGCCAUAGUAAAGUGGUGGUAAGAUCAAGUUAGAUGUCUCUUUAUUUUAUUCUUUUUGUUUCUCCUCCUUCUUUUUUAGCCAGUUUCACGGUGUAUAAGGAAGAUGUCAACCAGUAAGUUGUCCACUGCUGACUGUGUGUCCAUUUGGAGAAAAAAAAAAAGUGCAAUUUGUGUGAGGGUGAAAAGAUUUAUAUUAAAAAUGAGAAAUGAU